CGGGCGCUGCCGCCAUGCCCCAGCCGGCCCCGCCGCGCCCCGCGGCCGCCGCCGCCGCACCAUGAAGCGGCAGAACGUGCGGACGCUGGCGCUGAUCGUCUGCACCUUCACCUACCUGCUGGUGGGCGCCGCCGUCUUCGACGCGCUCGAGUCCGAGGCGGAGACGGCGGAGAGGCGGCGGCUGGAGGCCAAGAGCGACGAGCUCAAGAGAAAGUACAACCUGAGCGCCGAGAGCUACGGCGAGCUCGAGCGGGUCGUGCUCAAGCUCAAGCCGCACAAGGCCGGCGUGCAGUGGAAAUUCGCCGGCUCCUUCUACUUCGCCAUCACCGUCAUCACCACCAUAGGCUACGGGCACGCAGCGCCCAGCACGGACGGCGGGAAGGUUUUCUGCAUGCUCUACGCGCUGCUGGGCAUCCCCCUGACCCUGGUGAUGUUCCAGAGCCUGGGCGAGCGCAUCAACACGCUGGUGCGCUCGCUGCUGCGCCGCCUCAAGAAGCGCCUGGGCAUGCGGCGGCCGGAGGUGUCCAUGGCCAACAUGGUGACCAUCGGCUUCUUCUCCUGCGUCAGCACGCUCUGCAUCGGCGCCGCCGCCUUCUCGCACUACGAGAACUGGAGCUUCUUCCAGGCCUACUACUACUGCUUCAUCACGCUGACCACCAUCGGCUUCGGCGACUACGUGGCGCUGCAGAAGGACCAGGCGCUGCAGACCCAGCCGCAGUACGUGGCCUUCAGCUUCGUCUACAUCCUCGCGGGGCUGACGGUCAUCGGCGCCUUCCUCAACCUCGUGGUGCUGCGCUUCAUGACCAUGAACGCCGAGGACGAGCGGCGCGACGCCGAGCAGCGGGCGCUGCUCGGCCGGGGCGCUCGGUGCGCCCCCGCCGCCGUGCCCGAGGCGACCGCGGCGGCCCCGGCCGAGAGCGGCUUCAGGAACGUGUACGCCGAGGUGCUGCACUUCCAGUCGGUGUGCUCGUGCCUGUGGUACAAGAGCCGCGAGAAGCUGCAGUAUUCCAUCCCCAUGAUCAUUCCCAGGGAUUCGUCCAGCUCGGACGCGGGCGUGGAGCGCAGCCGCUCCUCGCCCGCCCGCUGCCCCGAGACGCCGGAGCACCGCUGCUUCUGCCGCUCCCGGCGCUCCGCCGUCAGCUCCGUGUCCACCGGCCUCCAGAGCCUGGCCGCGUUCCCGGCCCUGGCCAAGCGCCGCAGCUCCGUGUAGCCCCCCGAGCCCCCCGGCCCCGCUCCGGCCUCGGGAACGACGCCGCAGCGAGGCCGCGCCGCUGGGCUGCGGAAUGGAUUUUAAUUUAAAACCUCUCGGAUUUUAAUUUCACACACACACACAAAAAAAAAAACCCACCCCGAAACCCACUCCUUGAAAAUGUGAAGCUCGGGAGAGCGGCAGAGCCUCGGCAGCCGGCCCUGGCCUCGCCACGCUCCGCAGGCUCGGGAAUUCCCCGGGAAGCGCGGAAUUCAGGCUAAGAGGGGCUUAGCCGGAGCUUUUCCACGGCAGGAGCGGCCGGGAGUCACGCAGGCUGCUCCACACCCGCCUUUGGGGCUCUUUUAACCCAAAUUCGCGGAGCCGGGGGUCCUCGCGGGUCAGCGGGAAUCGCUGAUCCCACGGGAUUUCCGC